CGACGCCGUGGCGUUGUUCAUUGGGGUUAAUUCGGUGUUCGUCUGCGACAGACAGUCUCUGAGAGAGUGAUACCUAAGCGAGGAGAAUCGUUGGAUCCGCCAUGAACGCCCCCGACAGAUACGAACGAUUCGUCGUCCCAGAAGGCACCAAAAAGGUUUCGUACGAGAGGGACACGAAGAUCAUCAACGCUGCUUCCUUCACGAUUGAGAGAGAAGACCACACCAUUGGCAACAUCGUCCGCAUGCAGCUUCACCGGGACGAGAAUGUGUUGUUUGCAGGAUACCAACUGCCUCAUCCUCUCAAGUACAAAAUCAUAGUCAGGGUAUGUUCAAACGUUUCUUUUCUCCAAUUGCAUCCAGCUGACUGGUUUAUUUAGGUUUAGCAACUUUUAAGCUCUGGUUUGUGAUUGGAAUGAUUGAUUAACAAGUUUUGUUCUCUAAGUGUGAAGUCUGAUUUUGUUUUGCAGAUUCACACCACAAGCCAGUCUUCUCCUAUGCAAGCAUACAAUCAGGCUAUCAAUGACCUUGACAAGGAGCUUGACUUUCUCAAGUCCCAAUUCGAGGCAGAGGUUGCCAAGUUCUCAAAUCCGUACUAAGGAGGAGCUCAGUGUUUUCCUUAUCUAUGCACCAACUAGAAGACUUUUGUAAUCAGCUUAGUUUUCGUGUUUUCUUGUUUUAACUCUUACGUUUCGGACACCAGUAAUGCUUUGAUUACCUUUCCUUUAGGAAAACCUUUUAUUGUACGUUCUUUUUAAAAUUGAUGGUCACCUUGAAGAUACUACUCUUCAGGUAUUAAGUUAGCGCA